CCCAAAUGUCCAUCGCUUCCCUGGCUCGAAUUCUCGGCCGCUUGCCCCGCACCCGUCACCCCGCCGCGACUCGCUGGCGCUGCGUGGCUUCCGAUGUCGGCGGCUCUCGCAGUGGGGCCCACGGAGGCACCGCUCCCUGCACCCGCGCUGCCGGCACGCGCAGGGCAACCUGGCUGCCGAGCUCGGCUGCGUGCGUGCGCGGGCGUCGCUCGGCAGGCCUUGCCGCCGGCCCGCCGGCCGAGCGUGGCAGCCGGGCGCCCGCCGCCUUCGCCGGCGCCCUCGCCGCGGCGGCCUGCGGAGAGCGCCGUCGCGGGCGGCCGCGGGCGCCCGGCCGGGCUGGGCGGGCGCCGCCCUCCUUGCCAAGAGCGCUGGCGGCUGCGGGGCGACGGUUGGGGUCGUCGGCAUCGGCAUUCGGUUCGCGUUACGCCUGGGACGGCGCGGGCGCGUUGGAGGACGCACCGUCGCAGAUGUUGAGCCUCUGCCUGAGGCUACGGGGGCAGGCUCGGGCGCUCACUGCGCCACUGUUGGGGGACUUGUGGGGCAUAUGGCGGCGACAGACCCUGCCAGAUACCCUGGACCGUCCCGCCUGGCGCCGGCAGCGGUUCACGGCGCUUCUCUUGCGCCACUUACUGGAAUCGUGGGGCACCUUCAAGGUCUUCACCCCGCAGCAUGCGGCAGCCCGCGUCAGGAGCAUCGACGAGCUCGUCAUGGCUGUGCAGGAGGGCUUCGAGCGCGAGCCCGCCGGUACAAUCACGCACCAUGCGCCAAGGUGUGCGAGGGAGCGCUGGCGAUGCGCAAACUCGCCGGCGCUCCUCCAGUUCAUCCAGCAGGAGAUUCGUCGGGCAGAGCAGCACCUCUUGGGCAUCAGCCCUCUGAAGCACGUGCUCACGCGACAUGAUCGGUCUUCGUUCCUUGCGGGCCUGUGGCUGGAGUUUGGUGUAGCUGAAGGCAGGAGCUUGGGCCUCAUCGCAGCCCACGUGCCAGCCAUCAUCGCUGGCGGAGUCAGUGUCGUUGGCGGCAAGUGUUUCGGGUUUGACUCAUUCGAAGGCUUGCCAGAGGAUUGGCGUCCUGGAUUCAGGGCAGGUCACUUUGAGACGGAAAUGCACCGGCCACCGUCCUUCGCUGCGGCGGUGGAGGGCCACGUUGCUCUUGUCGAGGGCCUGUUCGAGGACACAUUGUCAGGCUUUUUGCUCGAGCAUCCAGAACCGGUGGCAUUUCUACACUUGGACUCGGACCUCUAUUCAUCGUGCAUCUUCGUUCUCGAGAAGCUCAUCCAGCACGGCCGCAUCCGCGAGGGGACUGUGAUUGUGUUCGACGAGCUCUUCAACUAUUGCGGCUUUGAAAACCAUGAGAUUCUCGCUUUGUUUGAGGUGGUAUCACUGUGCGGUCUUGAGUACCGGUGGCUAGGUGUCCAACAAAAGGGACGCAUGCAGGCAGCGCUGGUCGUUACAGGUGUGCGAGCGCCGGUGGACAUCGAGGCCGUUCUGGCGGUGCCAGACUGGAAAUGCGCAGGACGUGUACCCCGCUCCAUCGACAGAGGGGUGUCCGGAUGUUCCGCGCUGCACCCCGCACCCAUGAUGUGGUGGUGGAACAUCGGCCCCUCGACCCAGCCCGCAGGGGCAGGCGAGACGCCGCGGCGUCCCACACCUGGAGCCGCAGCCCCUCCGGCGUCUGCCCCCCUCCCUGGCUACGGGCCGGGGCCAGCUGGAGCACUGCAUGGGCGGUCGGUGGACCUUGUCGCAAGGAUGUCCCAGGCAGUGGCGGAGGAGGUGCUGAGUCUGGAGCUGGGCUGCUCGGAGGACGACCGUGUGUGCCGCGCGCUGGAGGGCUACUCCAUCACUGCAGAGAUGAAGUUGCUCCAGUUGCAGGGGCGGCACGCGUUCUUCCGCAGGUUGCAGAGGGAGUGUCCUCAGUUCUUGCACCUGUACGAGGAAUUCGUGGGAGCAGUAGUCGGUCCUCACAUUCUGCGCGAAUUCGAGCGGGAGGCGGAGGUGGAGCUUGAUGAGGACACACGGACACUGCUGUACCAAUAUCCCCCCUCCGUCAGAAUCUGCAGCUCACACAUGCCAGAGGGAACGGGCUGUGGAGCCGAAGGCACUCAGGCCAGGUUUCGCAGCAUCACGAAGCUGCACGCGGACGCGCAGUACGGUCAUCAGGAGGGCGAGGUGAACUUCUGGAUGCCGCUCACGCGCGUCGAUGAGACCUCGACCCUGUGGGCAGAGUCCGCGCCAGGCAGGGCCGACUGGUACCCCUUCCUCCCGCUGGAGCGCGGAGAUUGCUGGCGCUUCCCGGGCGUGGUGUGCCGGCACUUUGCGAAGCCGAACGUCAGCGGGCAGACGCGAGUGAGCCUCGAUUUCCGGUGCUCUGUCGUAAGUUGCUACGACCGCAAUUGGAGGAAGCCCGGAGACAGGCGGCGACACGAGAUGCGAGAAUUGCGUCUGUGAUCCUUGGAGCGUCACCGGUGAUACUGCUGGGAGGGAGGGCCGCUGGGCUCCGAGAGCGUGAAAGGCCGAGCCCGCGGGCCAAACAGAAAAC